CACAUUUCCGUGGCAUUCCCAUUUGCUAGUGCGCUGCCGCGGCCGCACGCCUGAUUGAUAUAUGACUGGAAUGGCACUUUUCCAUUUGACAUUCUCUCUCUCUCCCUCUCUCUCUCUCCCUCUCCCUCUCUCUCUCUCUCCCUGUGUCGCUUAAACAACAGUCCUAACUUUUGUGUGUUGCAAAUAUAAAAGGCAAGCCAUGUGACAGAGGGGCAGAAGAACAAAAGCAUUUGGAAGUAACAGGACCUCUUUCUAGCUCUCAGAAAAGUCUGAGAAGAAAGGAGCCCUGCGUUUUCCCCAAGCUGUGCAGCAGAUACCGUGAUGGAUUGCAAGUGCAAAAAGUAAGACAAAAUUCCAGCAUAUAAAGGACAAUGACAACCAGGAAGCUUCAGCCAGAUCCUGCUCUUUCCUUGAAAGGAACUCAAUCCUAAGAGUUGAAGACAUUUCCAGUUUUUAGUCCUCUGCCUCCCUCUGCUGUCAUUCUUGAGAAGUUUUUCCUUACAACAAUGAAAAAUCAUGUACUAGCUGCAUCCUUUUCUAUGCUCUCCCUGCUGGCAAUAAUGGGAGAUACAGACAGCAAAACGGACAGCUCGUUUGUGGUAGACUCCGACUCUCGACGCUGCAUGAGGCACCACUAUGUCGAUUCUAUCAGUCAUCCAUUGUACAAGUGUAGCUCAAAGAUGGUGCUCCUGGCCAGGUGUGAGGGACACUGCAGCCAAGCGUCACGCUCUGAGCCCUUGGUGUCCUUCAGCAGUGUCCUCAAGCAGCCCUUCCGUUUCUCCUGUCACUGCUGCCGGCCCCAGACCUCCAAGCUGAAGGCUUUGCGGCUGCGCUGCUCAGGGGGCCUGCGACUCACCGCCACCUACCGGUACAUCCUCUCUUGUUACUGCGAGGAGUGCAACUCCUGAGGCCUGCUGUUGAAUGGCUUCUGGAAGGGACAACCUCCCCUAGCUAAAGCAGUUCAACCAGCCAGGGAGGGACUGGCAAGAAGAGAGUUAAAACAAGAAAGAUGAAGCGAUUCCCACGGGAUUCUGCAUAUUCUAGCAAUAAAGACUCUACGUGCUUGUUGACAGAGAGAUACUCUGGGAACUUGUUUUGGUUCCCAUCACCUUUCCCUGGUACAAUUUCUUUUGGUUCCU